GAGGGAGGCACAGUUGUCUGUCGCGGGCAUUCAGAUGCCUUCAUGGUCCGGUCAGCCGCAGGCUAGGCCACCUGGGCCUCCUUGGGGAGCUGGGCCGUCUGGGCCUUUUCAGGGAGUUGGGUCACCCGGGCCUUUUCAGGGGGCUGGGCCAUCCCGGCCUUUCCGAGGAGCCGGGCCAUCUAGGCCUUUUCGAGGAGCUCGAGGAGGGCCUGUCCGCAGACGCUGGGCUCACGUUGUAGAGGCGGAGCCUGAUGAGGAGGAGGAGGAGGAGGAGGAGGAUGACGAGGAGGAGGAGGAGGCUACCGACCGUCAAUCAGAGACAUCUGCCGAGGAGGGGGGCCCCGGUCUUGGUUCGGGGAACAGAGGCGAGGCUGAGGGGGAUCCUGAGGAUGACAUCUCCGACCAAGAUGAUGAUGAUGGUGCAGAG